AUGAAGCGUCGCGAGGUGGCGCUUUGCAAGGAGGCAUCGCAAGGCGUACGCGACGAGAUGCGCACCAAGUACGAGAAGAUGGCUGCCGCGGUAGAAGAAAGGCGCCGAGCAACAUCUGCUGCAGUUGCGGCAGUCCAGGCUGGCGGCGGGAAGCGGCGCAUCACCGACUACUUGGAGGGAGAUGCCGCUGCGGCUAAACGGGAUGCUGACGAGGGCCUUGCGCUGAUGUUUGCGGCCUGCAGAAUCCCGGAGGUCACCAUGGACCACCCGCUGUUCAUCAACGCCAUGCUGCUCGUCAACCGCGCCGGCCACGGCUACGCGAAUGUCCUCCUCAUUAACGACUCCGGCGCCGUCUUCAAGGAGGCGAUCGACUGCGGUAUGGAGCGGAAGACGGGGGGAUACAUUGCGGAGAUUCUGCAGCCGGUGGUGGAGGAGGUAGGACCAGAGAAUGUCGUCGCGUUUUGUAUGGAUGGGGGGUCAAACUAUGCCGCGGCUGUCCAGGAGCUGAUUGCCAAGUGGCCCCACAUUCAGCAGGUCCCUUGUGCUACGCAUGUGAUGGAUCUCCUGCUGGAGGAUGUGAGAAAGAUGGGGUGGGCAAAAGGGGUGGUGGAUCAGACUGGGGAGAUGAUUUCUUUCGCGCGCAACCAUCAUUGGACGCGCGCUUACCUGAGGACCAAGGAGUUGGUUGAGGGGAGGGUGCUGCAGCCGCUGAAGCCGGCGGGAACGCGUUUCGGGACACAGUACAUUGCUGUGUCCCGCCUUUGUCAGUUGCGUAGCACCCUGAACGCGAUGGUGCUGUCCGACAAGUGGAAGGAGUGGGCCGUGGGGUCGCGGAAGGAUGCUGCCGAGGAGUUUGCUGGGCGGGUCCUUGAUGCAGCAUGGUGGCGGACGGCAGAAUUCUUCUGCAAGCUGAUGCAACUGCCCUACAAGACGAUGCGGCAGACUGACGCAGAUGCCACGGGGAUGAUGGGCCGCCUCUAUGAUGUAAUGCUGCAGCUUACGGAGGAUGUCAACAACGUCCUGGACGAGGAUGAGCAGCAGCUGAGUCGCACGGAGAAGGACAAGAUUCGCCGCAUCAUCAAGGACCGCUGGGAUAACAACCUCGCCUGCGCCAUGCACGUUGCUGGCCGAAUCCUCAACCCCGCGAACCAGGAGGAGGAUAUCUUUGGCAGCGAUGUCGAAUGCACCCGGGUUUUCAAGGCGUUAAUCAACCAGCACGUGGAGUUCCUCAUCGGCCACGACGGGAAGGGGAGGGAUGCUGGUCCAGACUACUUGCUUGCCUUGGGUGACGGGCUGAGGGCUUUCUUGGACCUGAAAGGCAGUUUUGGGAUGCCGGAGGCGAUUGCACAGAGGGAGUUGGUGAAGGCGGGUAAGUACAGCAUGGUGAAGUGGUGGCAGUGGAACGGCACAGAUGCACCUCACCUGAUGCACUUCGCCGUGAGGAUGCUAUCUCAGCCUGUAUCGGCAUCCCCUUGUGAGCGUGGGUGGGGAACUUGGGAUGCAGUCCACACAGCCCGCCGGAACCGCCUCGGCUCUAAGAAGUGCCAGGACCUGGUUUUUGUUGCGCACAACUGGAAUGUUGUGCGCAACUGGCACUCGCGCGCAGAUGUGAUGCCGAACGUUGUGCCAGGGAUUGGGGACGAGCCUCCUAUCCCCGAGGGGUACAACGGGUUGGAUGAGACGGAGGUGGAGGAGGAGGAAGGCGAGGAUGACGUCCUGGAGGACGAGUAUGCUUAG